AUGUUUAUGUCUCGUACAAAGAGGAAACUUGAUUAUUCUCAGGAGAUGUUUAUUCACAACUUUUCAAAGAAAAAUAUUGGUGCCUCAAGAGCUUAUAGAUUGUAUACGGGACUUCAGGGUGGGUCUGACGUUCGAGGUGGUUUGGUAUCCAAUUUUAAAAACAGUAUGAGAAAUCUCAAAUCUUACAUAGGUUCCAGGGAUGCAAAAUUCCUUGUAGUUAAGAUGCUGGAAAGGAAACAAAUAUCCCCAACUUUUUCUUUCGAGUUUAAAGUCGUGCAGAAAAAAUUGAAUGCGUUUUUUUGGGCUGAUGAAACUACAAAGUAUAACUAUAAUGCUUUUGGAGAUGUUGUAUCCCCUGAUGCCACCUUCAACAUGAAUAAAUAUGAUAUGGUUUUCGUAUCGUUCACUGGGAUAGAUAACCAUAAGAAAUGUGUAACUUUUGGUGUUGGACUUCUGAGUAGAGAAGAUGGUAGUUCUUAUUCUUGGCUGCUUAGAGCAUUCUUGAAAGCAUUCAAAAACCAACCCACGCUUGUUCUCAUAGAUCAAGAUCCAGAUUUGAACAAAGUUAUCUCCCUUCUCUCUACAAACCCUAAGGCAUCGCCAUAUCCCUUCUCUCUAGGACGUGCUAGGGUCCAAAAAUCAUCUCUUGCGGCUGAACAUGCGGUGGCCGGACACUUCGACACCACUAUGCAGUUGCUCAGCCGCCAACUUGGCAUAAAGAACUUCACACUGUUGAAAUCACUGUUUCUUGGUCUUCACAUGGGGAGUCAUGCUUUCCUGCGUGCUUUCUCUUCUGCUCCAUUGAUCUCAUUGGCUAUUGAGCGUGGUUGGAGUGAGUCAGCAAGCCCUAACGUCGGGGCCCCAUUUGCACUCGUUUUCAAUUUCUCUCAGUUAGAAGAAAAACUCAAAACUGUCUAG